AAAGUUAAAAAACAUGGGACGUUCAUAUUCAGAGAACAUUUUUGACGUAAACGAGCGAAUUUUCCUAAGACCUUUGACCAUAAGCGACGCACAGCAGAGCUUAUACCUUAUAAACAAAAACAGAGAACGUCUUGCAGAAUGGUUGCCCUGGGUAGCCCACGUUAAAUGUAUAGACGACGAAAUUAAUUUCAUUCAAUCUUCAAUUACCACAAUUGAAGAUGGGACCUCGUUGGAGAUGGGUUUAUUUGAACGAAAUACCUCAACUAUCAUAGGAAUGUGUUGUUUUGUUAGUAUAACUGACCAAACUGGGUACAUUGGAUACUGGUUAGACUCGGAUUACACUGGAAAAGGAAUUAUUACCCAAGCGUGCAAAAAAAUAAUGGAAGUUGGCUUUCAGCAACUUAACCUUAAGAAAAUCGUUAUUCAUGCUCACCCUGCUAAUAAAAACAGUCGGGCUGUGGCUGAAAGAUUGAACUUUAAAACCAAUGGAAAACUGCAGCCUGUACUUUACUUUGGAAGUAUAGUUGAUAGGCUGGUUUAUGAAUACCUAAAACCUCAAUGAAAAUUUUUCUAUGAUAUUCCAUGUUUUCGAUUUUUUAAAGCUGCAAUUUGAUUUUUCGUGUUUUUUGCAUGCAAAUUCCUCUAAUAUCGUAAUACAAUAAUAUAUUAUCCAAGUAACUCAAAUUUUUUAGUACUUUAUAAUUAUUCUUGUGUAUUACAGACAAGUAUAUAGUUAACUGCAACUAUGUUAUCAUGCUUUCUUUUGUUACUGAUGUGUGGAUACAGCUUAGCAGAAUCAAGUAAACCGAACAUAAUAUUCAUGCUAAUGGAUGAUAUGGGUUGGGGCGAUUUGGGAAUAAAUGGCCAACCAUCCAAAGAAACACCGAACUUGGAUAAUAUGGCAAAAGAAGGGACACUUUUCACUGAUUUCUACAGUGCGAAUCCUUUGUGCUCACCUUCUAGAGCAGCAUUGUUAACUGGGAGGCUUCCUAUAAGAAACGGCUUCUACACAAGCAACUACCAUGGACACAAUGGUUACACACCACAACACAUUGUAGGUGGGAUACCUGAUCACGAAAUUUUAGUCUCAGAACUCUUAAGCAGUGCUGGCUAUACUAACAAACUGAUUGGAAAAUGGCACCUCGGACAACAGGAACAAUACCUCCCUCUCAAGCAUGGUUUCCAUGAGUGGUUCGGAUCGCCGAACUGUCACUUUGGUCCGUAUGAUGAUAAAACAACUCCUAAUAUUCCAGUGUAUAAUAAUACAGAGAUGGUUGGAAGAUAUUAUGAAGAAUUCGCAAUCGAAAGUCACAAGUAUUUGUCUAACAUGACUCAAUACUAUAUACAAGAAGCAUUGGAUUUUAUUGAGAGAAUGGAGAGAAAUGAGAAGCCUUUCUUUCUGUACUGGGCACCUGAUGCUACUCAUUCUCCUGUUUAUUCAUCUCCCAUGUUUAGAGGGGCAAGUCGCAGAGGACCCUAUGGUGAUGCAGUAAUGGAACUUGAUUAUGGAGUGGGUGUCAUCAUUCAAAAGUUAAAACAAUUGGGUUUGGAUAAAAACACACUUGUAUUGUUUUCCUCUGACAAUGGUGCAGCUAUGAUUGGAUCAGCAUUUGAAAAUGGCUCAAAUGGACCUUUUCUUUGUGGAAAGCAAACCACAUUUGAAGGAGGGAUACGAGAACCUACCAUUGCAUGGGGUCCUGGUUUUGUCCAACAAGGACAGGUCAGCCACCAAGUAGGUAGCUUGAUGGAUUGGUUUGCAACUGCCCUUGAUCUUGCAAGCAUAGCUGUACCUAAAGAUCGUAUUAUAGACGGUGUCAGUUUACUACCAGUGUUAAAUGGAGCCGCAGAAUUUGAUAGGCCGAUUUUUCACUACCGAGGCAAUGCUCUUUUUGCAGUGAGGUUUGGUCUACAUAAGGCUCAUUAUUGGACAUGGACUAAUUCAUGGGAAGAAUACAACACGGGUAUUACCUUCUGCAGAGGCGAGUAUCUUGCGAAUGUAACAACGCAUGAGCAAGUAAAUAGAACCCUGGAUCCAGUUGUGUUCCAGCUUGGUAGGGAUCCUGGUGAGAAGCAUCCUAUGAAGUCUAGCACAAGUGAAUACAAAGAUGCUGUUAUGACUAUGAAUAGUAUCGUGGAAAAACAUAUGGAAACGUUGAAACCAGGACAACCACAGUUUGACUGGUGUGAUGACUCUGUUAUGAACUGGGCACCAGCAGGAUGUGAAAAGUUAAACAAGUGUCUUCCUAUACCUAAGUCUAAUCUGCAAAAAUGUGUAUGGCCACAUUAGAAUUAUCUAUCUUUGUAUAGAAUGAUUGUGCAAUAUUAUGUAUAACUUUUAAAUUAUGUGAUUCGAAAAAAAAACUUAAUUUUAUGUAUGAUUCGUUAUGUACCAACUGGUAACUCGUAAACAUGCACGAGGUGUGUGAAGUAGAAUACCACAUAACAACUGUCAGUGUCCCGCCACACGAGGAUAAAUAAUAUACAUUUAAUCAUAUAUGAAGCAUGUUAAACCAUUAUACAACCAAUAUUACCCAUCAUAACCCAAUUUAGUACAGUGGGUCAAGACGGGACACCUUUAGCACAUAAUGUCUAAAUACCCUGAAGUUGUUUUAGUCAACUAACAACGAUCUAUGGAAGUCGUGAGGAUACGGUUUUAUAAUUUUAAAAGUGUUUUCUUACUACCAAAAAGAGGAGAAAAUAAAAGGUAAAGGUGUCCCAUCUUCCCCCACCCUACUGUAUAAAUGCUAAACAAGCUGUAAGGAUUACACUUUUAAUUUUAAUGCAGUAUUAGUAUAUGCGUAAAGGUUUUCGUACAACAUCAAAUAAAACAUGAUUACUCAUAA